AUGGACUUCACGACAAUCCUGAACAGGAAAAACUCCGCUGCAGCCGCCGCCGCAGCCGAAGCGCAGUUACAACAACAGUACUUCCAACAGAGUGCACAGUUACACACCGGAGCUUCUCCCACCAUGAAGAGCGAAUCAGGUGGCUCGGACAACCCUGUCAACGCAUACCCUCCUCAUGGUCCUCCGCCCAUGCAAAUGGAUGCUGGACUUGCCGAUUCCUUCUAUUAUGCACAGCCCUCAGGUUCAACCCCUCGAAACAUGGCCUAUGCCCCUGCGGGAUACGCUGGCGAUCCCCAGAUGCAGCAGGAACCUGUCCCACAGGGAAGAGCAGGAGUUGAACCACCACCAAAGACUUUCCACUGCUCAACCUGCAACAAGGGCUUCGCACGGCGCAGUGACCUUGCCCGACAUGAGCGUAUUCACACCGGAGUUAGACCCCAUGCAUGCGAGUGGCCAGGAUGUGGAAAGCAGUUCAUUCAACGUUCGGCUUUGACAGUGCACUCCCGUGUACACACUGGAGAGAAGCCUCAUAUGUGUGAGAGAUGUGGCAAGCCCUUUAGUGACUCGUCUUCGCUGGCCAGGCAUCGCCGCAUUCACUCCGGCAAGCGACCCUACAAAUGCCCGUACGCCAACUGUCAGAAGACCUUCACGCGCCGUACGACGUUGACACGCCACCAAAACCACCACACUGGGACGAUCGAAGAAGCCGCUGCUGAAACCGAGGCCCAAUUGCGGCAAAAUAAGGAUCGUGGACGUCCUGGCGAAGGAAUGUUCUCCGAGCACGCUUCCAUCCACUCUACACCGUCACCCGCGCAGCAUCCAUCCAUGUCACCUGGUGGCGAGCUUCCCCCGCUGAAUAUGCAUCGCUCAGCUGGCGACUACUACAUGGGCACCGGUCCUAUCCCGCCUCAUGUGCGUGGGGAUUUCCCCCAAGGCAGCCCCCGGGCUUCCCCGACUGCGACCUCUCCUUCGCUGUCCAGCUAUGGCAGUGCGCCCCACACCCGGCCAUCCAUGACCUCGCAUCCCUACGCUCCGCCUCAACCUCUUGAACCCCCGGCCAACAGUGAUCACCGUCCCAAUAGUGUGAACGGCAGUCCACACAUGACUAGUCUCGGAUGGGCCUCGCCGUCUCACGGUAGCAUGCCGUCGCCCGGAUCGGCCAACGACUUCACUUACCCUGAGCCCACCGGCCUGCGUACCCGACAUCGAUGCCGCCACACAUGUACUUCCCCAUUCUGCUAUUCGUCGGCCUACCAGCACCGAGCCGGAGAACUACGAAAUGAAGCCUCGAGGUGA